CUGUAUUCUAAGUUUUUCACAUGAGAAAUAAACAUCUUUAGUAAAGUCCCGCAUUAGAAGCAUCAAAAGUCGCUAAUCGCUUCUCUGUGAUACUGAACUGAGUCGAUUCGCUUCAAACCGGUUUGACUGACGGAAUAUGAAUGGGGACUCGUUUGCAUUAGUGGGUGUGCGCGCAUGCAUGACUAUGGGAGGGUUUACAGGUGUGAAUGGGGGAGUCUGAGGCCCUCGAGAUAAAUAACAGACCCAAACACAGGCACAGAUAGAAGUUCUGUGAGAUGGAGAUGUUCUAAUGGUGUUUUUGGGAUACGAAAACUUACCUCAAUCGAGUUGUUUUGGAGUUUAUUGGCCAGCGGAAUGACGAGUCAACUGUUCGGGUUCUUGAUGUUUGCUGUGAUUAUUUGUCAAGCUGUUUCACUCGAGUCAGGAUGUGAGGGGUCAGAAUGUGUGAAAGUUGGGGUUUCUGGAAAGCCAAAGCAAUACGCUGAAUUCUUGAAUAAAUUUAACGAAAUGAACACGCAAACGCCGCAACGUCAACACCGCAACGCCGAGGCAGCGUUACCGUUCGUUGGACUGACCGGAGUUGCCAAACAAAGCCGUACCUGCUGCAAGAAUGGGGGAACGUGCAUUUUGGGAAGUUUCUGCGCCUGUCCGAAGUACUUCACCGGCAGGAGCUGUGAAUACGAUGAACGCCUCAGGGAUUGUGGUGUUAUUCCACAUGGAGAAUGGGUUCAGAAAGGAUGUUCGUACUGCAGAUGUGGAUAUGGACUUUUGCAUUGCUUCCCACAUGUUUUCAGCAAAGACUGUGAUGUUUUCAGCAAAGACUGUGAUGACUCUCAGGAAGUUCGGUGGCACCGGUCGGGCUCCCUCAGAACACUGUCGUCUACAAUUGUCAUGUUCGCCCCUUUUAUUUUACACCGCCUGCUGUAAAUGAGUUUUCCUAAUGGGAUAGUUCACCCAAACAAAGAAAAUGAUCUCCCCUGUUGAACGCAGAAGAAGAUACUUUGAAAAAUGCUGGCACUUGACUUCCAUAGUAGGGGAAACAUUACUAUGGAAGUGAACCAGCAUUUCUCUUUUGUGCCCAAGAGAAGGAAGCAGCUCUCAAAUAGGUUUUAAACCGUUGAAGGAUGAGUAAAUGUGUUCAUUUUCGUGUGAACUAUCCCUUUAACAAACAGAAAGCGGUUUUAUUUUAGAUUUUUUUCUGUCUGACAGGUUCGGGCAGCAUUUAUUGGUGGCACUGAAAUGUGUUUUUGCUUCCAGUGGAAGUCUAACUAGCUGUGUUAAGAGCUGUUUAGUGAAGGAACAUGUAUAUAGGAUUUAUAUUGAAAAUAUAUUGUGUGUGUGUGUCAGUGCGCCGCCGAGCCAAAUGAAUUCUGUCCUUUUCUAUGUCUCUGCGUGAAUUUAUUGUACCAGAGAGAGUGCGCCGGCUGAAAGCAAAGCAUUUUCAUCGUCUGUAUCUGCAAAUACACGUGUUUUAUUUUAAUACAUGUCAUCUUAACAGUGAGCUGUGGCUUUUGUUUUUAAGUUCUCGCUAGUCGAAUGUCCUUAUUUGUGCUCCACAACUUUCAUUUGCCGUGCUUGUUAAUGGAGAAGGAGUCAGAUAAUGCAGAGAUAGCCUGUGAUUUGUUGACCUUUCGGCUAUUUUCUCUUAUCUUAUACAAACAAGUCGUCCAUUUGGCCAAUCAAUCUGGGUGGCUGGAGCGACCGUCUUGACCUUCUUGAUGUACUGUAACGCUCCGUAUGAUUGAGCGAAUUAAUUUGUCUCAUCCAAUUAAAACUCGCAUCAAAAACCCA